UUUUAAUUUGCUCAACGGAUAGUCGUAUACAUAAGUAGUUAGUCAACAUUGCCGUGACCACAUAUAUCAACUUUCUAAUUGUGUACGCGAGAGUAAUUAGUGAUAGAAAUCCCACACGUGUCACAAUAUGUCGUUCGUCAAAAUCGGCGAUUUGCAAAUUAAUGAAGAGGGCAAUAUUUUCACGUGGGAAAUAACGCAGGAUUUACCAUUGUUAGAAAAACAUGAAGUGGUUGUGUCGGACACAUUCAAUUUCCAUAAUGACGAUAAAAAAGUAUUUCAAUUGGAAGUGCGCCACUGCAUAAAUCAUCCCAUUCCACCCGACUGUCAAUCUACUCCGGAAUGCGAAUGUGAAAAGGUUUGGCGUUUAUAUCUACGCUGUAUCGAUCAAGACUCAUCAAUCGAUCGGCGGGGGUACAAUAUAAUAAUAUUCAAGAAUGGCGAAAUUUUCGACGGCCGUCACGCUCUUAUGUUAGAAAGCGAAGCACCUAUUCUCAACAUGUGCGAAACCCAUGUCAAACAAUUCGUUCGAUCCGAGGAUGAUAUAAAAAUUCAGUGCAAAUUAAAUUAUUUAGAGAGCGAGUUAUACGAUCUGGAUCAAGAUGUGAGGCCGAAAUUAAAUUUCGAGAGGAUGUUUCUAGACAAAAAAUACAGCGAUAUUUUGCUAAAAACAGCAUGUGGAAAAGAAAUUCCGGCUCAUAAAGUCGUAUUGGCUGUUGCAAGUCCAAUGUUUGACGUCAUGUUUAAUCAUGAUAUGAUAGAAAAUAAAUGCCAAUUGGUCGAUAUAGACGUCGACAUUAGUUAUGAUACUGCAGUUGAGAUGCUACGAUACAUUUACACGGGUAGUUUCGAGACUCAAGAAUUUUCCACGACUGCAGAACUUUUGGCGGCCGCUGACAAGUAUCAGAUUCGAGAUUUGAAAAUAAAAUGCGAGCGCAUAUUAGGCUCCAAGUUAUCAACCGAGAAUGCUAUGGACACUCUGAGAAUGGCUGAUACGUAUGGUGCAGAACGUCUGAAGAUACAAACAAUUGAUUUUAUCAGAAACCAAUCGUUCGUAGCAUUGACCUGCAAUGAAAUCAGUAAUAUGCUUUUAGGAAAGAAAACAAAAGAAUAAAUACACUUUCAAUUUAACUUUUUUAUUCAAUUAUCGAUAAGAUUACCUUGGAAACUUUACUUUUUUUACCGAAAAUAAAGAUUUGUAGUUCUAUUAUUCAA